GCAUCUUUAUAAUGCUUGGCCAUAGGAUAAUCCUCAUUCUGAAUUCUUAUUGCAUAUUUAUGUUCAUAAAAACGCUCUUUUAAUUUUCUUUUCGCCCUACCCACAUAAAAACAUCCACAUGGGCAUCUCAGGCAAUACACCACAUAUUCUGAAUUGCAAUUAAUAAACCCAUUUAUCUUGUACUCUCUCUGUGUCCUCAGGUCAUGAAAACAUUUACCUUGGACAACUCCUCCACAGUGUUUACAGGAACCACAUUUAUAAGUUCCCCUUAGCUCUGUCUGUAACCAUGUUUUUUGUUUGGGAGCUGGUAAAUAGCUCCUUACGAGUUUAUCUUUUAUGGUUGGUGCUCUCUGGAAUACAAUAAUAGGUGGAUCUGAAAAGACACGUCUCAAAAGUGGAUCACUCUGCAUUAUUUUCCAAUUAGAUGUGAUUAUUCUUUUCAUUCUUUGGGCACAACUGUUAUAUUGGGUAACAAAAUAUGAUCUAGUAGUGGUCUUGGCUCGAUCAGUUUUCUUAUUUUUCUUUUUUAGAAGAUCAGAGCGAGGUAUUGAGCAAGCCUUCAUUAUGGCAUUAUCAAUUAGCCCAGGCGAAUAACCUCUUACACAAAACCUUGAUUUCAUAUCCUGGGCCUGCUCCUCAAAAUCAGUGUCUUUAUCACAGAUGCGUCUAAGACGCUGAAACUGGCCAAAGGGAAUAUUAAAGACAUUUUAAUCUGGAGUGCCUUAGUCAGAGAUUUUUUUCUCUUUUUUGGCUGUGAAUCUAAAUUGGAACGAUAUGGCGAUCUAGCCGCUGUGUAAGCAGUUUUCAAAAUGGCGGCGCCGACACUUCACGUUUGAAGUCGGUCGCGGGGAUAAGCUAAAACCGUAAAGGCCGAUAAGUGUAAUAUAAUACUAGUCACGAUAUAAGGUUAAUAAAACCGAAAACGUAAUUGAAUAAUACGUUAAUUAAGAAAUAGAGCAAGUUUAAAAAUGACUUCAGUUGCCCUUUAACUGUUUGUUCAGGUCCAAGUGCUCUGUAAUAGGAGCCACAGGGAGGGGUCCUGCAGGUGACCAUCCUCAUCCAGCAAACACACCCUCCCAAACCAGUAAACUUAGGGAAAACACUGGUAGUAGUUUCCCGUUGCCUUCUUUUGGAUUAUUAUAGAGGUUUUCUCCUCUCAACCAUCCACACACAUUGGCAAUUUAGAGUAGCCAGUUAGCCUAACUGUGGGAGAAACCAGAGGAAACCCACACAGACAGAACAUCAGUUGUGAGGUUCGAACCCAGAACCUUUUUGCUGUGAGGCAACAGUGCUAACCACUACACCACCAUGCUGCCCAGAUUAAAACAUUACAGCAUGCAUUGUCAGAAUUUUCAUAGCCAGGGUCUCCUUUAACUGUGUCCUAUAACUACAGAGUUCUUUUAUGCACAUAGAAGGAUAAUACGGUGUUAUGUUACAGUACAUUAAUGGCACUUAGCAGAUGCUCUUAUCCAGAGAGACGUACAAUAUACCCAGAGCAGCUCGGAGAGCCGUUGGGGGUUAGGUGCCUUGCUCAAGGGCAUGGCAGCCAUUCCUGCUGGUCCAGGGAAUCAAACCAUUGACCUUUUGGCCACAAAGCUGCUUCUCUAACCUUUAGGCCACGGCUUCCCACAUGGCGUGUUAUUUCAAGAGAUGUUUAUUGUUAUCCAGUCCAUAUAGAAGUAUACAGUGAGGACUGGAAGAACGUUUCUCUGAGACCUGUGCUGCAACAUAAAAGAUAAAAUACAAGACAAAGAACAAGCACAAACCAGUGCAAGUCAAAAGCAUAAAGAGGUCGUGCAAAAUGAGCAAUGAGUAAUCCAAUGCAAGCACUCGAUAUCCGAGAGGAAAUGCCCGAGCAGACGGUGAAAAGGAUGUUCACUUUGUUGGGGAUGCUGAAAUACAAACCACCUGGCGGCUUUUCUGAUGUGAGCAGUUUCCGGCAGGGCUUGGUGACGGGCAGUAAACCGGUGGUGCACCCCAUCCUGCACUGGCUGCUGCAGAGAGUUCCUGAGCUGAAGAAGAGGGUCUAUCUGGCUCGCUUCCUCGUCAAGUUGGACGUGCCUGCCGAGUUCCUGGCUGAUGAGGUCAUCGCUGAGGUCUACCACCAGUACGAAGAGUUGGUAGAAGGAUUCAAGAAUUACCAUAAAGAGUGUGAACAACUGAGGAACUUUGGAUUUUCUGCAGCUGAGAUUCGACGGGACAUCGCAGCAAUGGAGGAAGAGAAAGAUCAGUUGAUUAAAAGAGUGGAGCGUCUGAGAAAGCGGGUGGAGUCUGUGUCUAACCAUCAGCGCAUGCUAGAGGUGGCCAGGCAGCUUCGGGUGGAAAAGGAGAGAGAGGAAUCUCUGGCUCAUCAGAAACACGAGCAAAAGAACCAGCUGUUCCAGGCCGAGCAGAGGAGACAGAGGUGUCAGCUCCAGCUGAAAGACUUGCGACAGGCAGCAGCAGAUGCCAAGCCUGAGAGCCUGGUGAAGAGACUGGAGGAGGAGAUCAAGUUCAACUCCUACAUGGCAUCAGACAAGCUGCCCAAAGAGCUGGAGCGUCUCCGCAGCAAAGUGCACUACCUGCAGAAGGCGGUGUCCGAGCCGGCCAUGGGCCACGCCGAGUUGGAUGAGCUGGAGGAGAAGAUUAAAGAGCUCAAUCAGUUCAACCAGGCGAUGGAGAAGAAGAUGGCCAGGACUGACCCAAUGGAUGAUAAUCUUACUCUGUACAGACAGCAGGCUUCCAUUAUAGCACGUAAGAAGGAGGCAAAAGCAGAGGAGUUGCAGGAGUGCAGGGAGGAGAUGGCCUCCAUCACAAGAGAGCUGAAUGCGAAGAACCAGGCUGUGGGACAGGGAGGAGUCGAGAUCAUCCGCUCAGACGAGUUUAAGAGGUACGUCGCCAAGAUGCGUGGCAAGAACAUCGCAUAUAAGAAGAAGCGUCAGGAGAUGGCGGAGGUGAAGGCUGAGUUUGGUGUUCUGCAGAGGACAGAGGAGGUCCUUCGCCAGCGCCACACUGCUGCACAACAGCAUCUGCAAUCUCUGGAGGCUCAGAGAGGGAUCUCAGGCUUCAGUGAGACCCAGGAGGAGUUGGAGAGAGUCUCCGCCAUCAAAAGUGAAUUGGACGAACUAAAGGGACGCAGGUUGGACAACAUGUCCGAGAUGGUGAAGAAGAUCAAUUCAGCAAUAGCAGAGAAGAAGUCAGCUCUGUCUCCAUUAAUAAAGGAGUUGAGGCCCCUUCGCCAGGAGUGCCAGGAGCUUUCCCAGGAGUAUGAAGAGAAAAAAGCUCUGUAUAACACUUGCGCUGCUGGUCUGGAAAGCAACAGAUCGAAACUGGAGCAGGAGGUCAGGACCCUGAGAGAGGAGACAUCACAGGGGGAAAACCGCUGUCACCAAAUCAACUGCAUGAAAGAUAUUACUGAGAUUCAAAUGCAGCGGGCAGCAGACGAGAUGAAGAUGUAUGUGUCCUCUGACCCACAGACACGUAAAAAGUCCAUCAGGGAGCAGUACAUGAAGAACAUUGCAGAGCAGGAAUCUUUGGGCAAGAAGCUCCGUGAGGAGCAGAAACAGGUGAAGGAGAGCCACGGGCCCAACAUGAAGCAGGUGCACAUGUGGAAGGAUCUGGAACAGCUACUGGAGUGUAAGAAGCAGUGCAGCCUGCGAGCCCAGAGCCAGGCAUCCAUUGGUCAGGUGAUCCAGGAGAGCGGAGAAGACCGUCUGGUUCUCUAACUGAGCCACACAUCAUGUCAACGUUUCAAGCUAUUUUUGUGUAUCAUAUCACAAAAUACUUUUCAGCUUUGAUGGAGCCAUGUGUGUUCAGAGCAUAUAGAGAGAUGUAAUGACUAUGCUAUUAAAAGUCUCCCCCCUCCCCAGUCACUACAAUACUCAGUACAUUUCGUUCUUGCUUUUCAGAAUUGAGCAAAAUCUCCUUUUUUGGACAUAAUUAGCUAGAGUUGGAAGAUUUUUAGGGGAGAUAACUAGGGGACCACUCUGAGUCAGAGAGAGAGAGAGAAAGAAAGAAGGAAGACAUGUUUACAGAAGUGUUCCAUGGAUAAGGGGUAAUAAAAAAUUCAAACAAGUCCCUCAUCUCCAUUUUGACACACCUUUAAGAAUAGUGCUACAAUCCGUGUGUUGGAAGUUGGAAGAUAACAGCAAACAAAGUGUUACACUUUUAACGCGCCUCCACACAGUUAUUUUGGGAAGCAGCAGUCAUGACCUUGGGCAGAAGAGCUGUCCAAUUUAGGAGUUCGGCUAGUCCUUCUUUUGUUUCCGUCACUGAGGGGAAGAGGUAAUCAGCAGAACAAACUCUACAUCUCCUCCCUUACCUGUUAGUGCACAUGAACGAGUCUCUGACUUGGGACGUUUGUAUAAUUUAACUAGAACUGUUGAAAUAAUAAAAUAAACUGAUGUGUUUUCUAAGCAAA